UACGCGCUCAUUGCCGUUCGUUUCACUUUCCCCGGCGCUUCUCUCUGUGCUUUUUCUUUGAAACUUUGUCCUUACUGUUUCUCUCCUCCAUCGUAGACCAUGAGAUUAUCCGGCGGUAGAGUUUUUGAUUACGGCCAGACUCUUUUCAGUUCCUUCUCCAUCGAUGUGUAAAUCUUUUUUUUUUUUUUUUCUUGUUCCCACAAGAAACUAUUGUAAGUAUUAAUAAUGAAGAUGGUGAAUCGAAGAAGAUGAUGAAACAUGUCUGAUUAUUUUCUCCAAUUCACCACCUUCAUCAUCUUCUUCAUCUUCUUUAUCGAUUCUGUUCAUUCAAAACUCUAAAGAUGAGUUUUUUUUUAUAUAUAUAUGAGCUAUUGUAAAAUCUCUCUUUUUUUUUUCCUUAUUUUAUUGAAUCUUGUUUGGCCGUCAAGUAUAUGCUAAGUUGUUAACUAUAGCUUUGUUAUGAACUGGCAAAAGUCCUGGUCUCCUUCAAAAUUGAAUGUUUAUUAAAUUAACAUUAUCAAUAAAACCAGCCGUGUUGGUUGUGUUGUGUGACCAAUAGAAGAGAGUAUGUUAAGAAUAUUUGAAGCCGGUGUCUAAUAUUUUUUUAUUUAGAAUAUUCAAGCACGUCUAUGCCUCCAUUAGCCUUCUGGUCAUUUGUCCAGCUCAAUUUUGAUCAGUACCUACAGAUUCUUGAUUUCAUAGCUGAAAUAGUUCUGUUUCUUGGUAGCAUUGUUGUUAGCCAUUGGUUUUUGAUUCCAUAUGAGAAGUAAUGGCGUCUUUUCUCCAAGUCAUUGGUGAGUGUUGAGAUGUGGUUUCUGCUUAUCUUAUUUGAUAGUUCAACAUUUUCAUCAAGAUGCCCCAUUGAUCAUUGGUCAUUUAUUUAAUGGUUCUUGAUUACGAUGUUUUAUUUUUUCUUGUAUGGUCAGUUCUAUCAUGGGCUUUUACCGUUGCGUGGUUUACCUUAUGGAUGUUGAUGCUAUACUUAACGAACGAGAUGAAGCUAAUGUUCACGGACGCAGCUGCAGUUGUAAAUGUCUUUGCUGGUGUAUCAGCUAUUGGUCAUCUCGGCAUGCAGUUUCUUGUUGAUGCAUUUAUUGGUCACUUUUGGAUGCUCUGUCUCUCUACUUUAGCAUUCAGUUUCGGUUUCGGGUUCUUGGCAAUAUCAGCGUCACCAAUGCUUUCUGGCAAUGCACAAAAGGGACUGUUCUACGUAGCAUUAACAGUGAUAUCCGUUGGUAUAUUUGGAAGAUCAAUCUCUUUGGGUGUGUUUACAGAAGACCAACUAGAAGACGGUAGGAACAAGGGAUCUCCCGCUAAGCUCGUUAGCUUUGUCAUUGGUAAUGUGGGGAAUUUUGUGUUCUUGUUACUUGCUGCUAUUGCAAUGCCUCAGAUAAGUCCGUGGUUUGUAAGAUUCGCCAUCCCCGCUGGCUGUGAGGUAUUAGCUAUGCUGAUUUUUAUGUCCGGUACACGUUCAUACAAACGGGAAAUACCAAGUGGAAGCCCUUUGACAACAGUUCUCCGGGUCUUUGUGGCUUCUGUUUCCAAAAUUUCGUGUGCACACCCGAACAACUCAACCCUGCUCUAUGAGAAAACCGAGUGUGAUUUAGAUAUAAAGCCCCACACAAGUAGCUUGAGGUGCCUAGACAGAGCUGCAAUGAUACUACAAACCGAGCCCUUGGAGCAACAGAGGGAAAACAGAUGGAGACUUUGCCGGGUGACAGAAGUGGAGCAAACCAAAAGCGUAAUACGCACGGUUCCAUUGUUCGUGACAUCUCUCAUUUCUGGUAUUGUCUUCUCCCUCGGUAACACUUUCUUCCUUGAACAAGCAAACCAUAUGGACUCCACGUUCGGAUCAUGGAAUCUCCCUCUCCCACUCCUCUUACUCUUUAGUGAGGCUGCAAGACUAGGGUCCCGAGAACUAUGCGUCAUGGCUGCAAAACGCAGCCACGGCAUUGACACCGAAUCAACGAAACAAACCAAAACUCCAUAUGGUAUACCAGUCUCGAUCAUCCUAUCGACAUUCUGCUGCUCCAUUGCUGCACACGUUGAGUCUAGGAGGCUCAAAGUGGUUAGCACUCAAGGUUUGGUGUCUGAAACCAUCCCAAUGAGUGUUUUCUGGCUGCUCCCGCAGUACAUUCUGCUCGGUUCAAUUACAGGAAUCUACGAAAACAGUUUUGCUCUUUACCUAGAAGAAACAGUGCCUGAUGAGUUAAGACAAUACAUGGUUCUGCUAAACGUGGGGGUGUGCGGCGUCGGGAUCAUGAGCAAUAUAGCUCUUGUUAGUGUGGUGGGCAGAGUAAGUGGAGGCAAAUGGUUUCAAGAGACAAUAAACAAGAGCCGGUUGGAUCAUUAUUACUGGGUUUUAUCAGUGCUUUGCAUGUUCAAUCUCUUGUUGUAUUUCUCUGUAACCUAUUGGUACACAAGGUGCUACAAAAAAGAUGGUGCAGAACAAGAAAACGUUAGAUAAAAAAAAGAUAGCUUUUGUAUAGUACUUGUUGUAUGCCCAAGAUUUCAUUUGUAUGUACGUACUGAUAGGCCCAUGAGAGCUAGAAGAGGUGAUUGUG